GAUAGCUCGAUAGCACGAUAGGGAAACAGCUGUUGUAUAGCUGGAAACGAGAUUUUUUUGUCUCGUAAAACCUAACAAUUUGCGUAUUUGUUUCAAAUUUAAGCCUUGAAGCUACGGGCGGCACAACUGCAACGCAAUGGUCAUCACAAGCAACACAACGCUGCCCGAGGAAUCGGAGCUGAACGUGCAGGAGCUAAACUUAUCAUCGGCCGCACUCCGAGCUGGCUCUUUUCACUUAGGCAAGCAAUGCGAGAAUGCCAAUAAUGAGUUUAUGCUAUGUCGCCAGGAGCUGGACGAUCCACGUGCCUGCCUGGGUGAGGGACGCGCCGUGACCAGCUGUGCCCUAGACUUCUUCCGCAAAGUCAAGAAAUCCUGUCACGAGGAAUUCAUGCAAUACGCCACUUGUCUGGACAAGAGCAGCGGCACAAUGGCCUUCAGCCAUUGCCGCAAGACUCAGGGUGUCUUCGACAAGUGCAUGAAGGAUAACUUUGACUGGGAUCGUCCCUCCUACGGUUACUUUGCACGCGCCAAGGUCCACAAAACGGCCCGCGAGGAACCAAAGAAGGAGGAAAUCGCGGUAUAUCCCGAUGCCACACCCGGACUGCCAGCCGAUUAUCCAACGCCACCAGCCAAGUAUGGUUCACGCUUCUUCUGGCUGGAAUAGAUGCGAUGCGUUACGAUGCGGUCUGCUUAGUGUAAUUGGAGUGGCUGAUUGCCCGACUUGUAAUUUACAACAUGCAUAAAAUCUUGUUUCCAUUAGUAA